CAUCAUGUGUGUAUAUAAAAGCCGCUCAAUUACUGGGAAUGUAUCUUCUUUACUUUGUUGCUUUCAAAGGAACAGUGUUCAAACAACAUGGUUCAACAUAAUUUGAUUAAGAUUUUGUUGGUGUGUGUCAUUUUCUUAGUAGCAGUGUUUGCUGCUCCUAAUCCAGGAUGUUGUGGUGGAGGUUAUGGUAGACGUGGUUAUGGUGGAUAUAGAAAAGGAUACGGCGGUGGAUUAGGCGGUGGAUAUGGUGGUGGUUUUGGCGGUGGAUAUGGUGGAGGUUACGGAGGUGGUGGUGGAUUCGGAGGCGGUUUCGGAGGUGGAUACGGAGGUGGAUACGGUGGUGGAUUUGGAGGUGGUUACGGCGGUGGAGGUCACAAAAAAUAUUGGGGUUAAAGAAAGUUACUAUAAAAAAGAAACAGAAUUUGUGAUCAGAAUUUUGAUAUUGGUUUUUUUUAAAUUUUACUAUUAAUCUACUUAAUGAUUAUUUUGUACUUUGUCCUGAAUCUUUGUAACAUUAAAUUUUCUUCUUUAUAUUGUUA